UGGUGGAAACAUUACUUGAGAAGGACUCAGAGAAGCAUUGUCAUUUGGAUUGAAACUGAAGAGGCUCUGGGCAACUCACCAGAAGUCUAAGGGACACUCUGUUCCUAAAAAGAAGAAAAAGCUGGAUCACUUACCAGUAACUGGAGUUCUCCUAUUGGGUAAUCUCCACAGAUCCACAUUCUUUGAAGUUAUUGUGAAUGCCUCGAGGACCAAGGGACCGUUGAAAUUUCCAAUUUCAGGAAGUUCCAGUGGAUGCCCAUCAGGAAGAUUCUCAUGCUGGACAGAAGGGCAAGAGAGGUGGAUCUGUGAGGGAAAAGACCCAAUAGGAUAACUCAAGUUGCUGAAAAAGAAAAAAGCAGUGGCCCUAGCAAAAUGGCUGUAAUUUAGUCUAGUUCUGCGAUAGUGAGCAGCAGGUAAGUGCCAGACCCUGGGUUAGGUGCUGGGGAUAGGGUGCUUUCACCCUCUCUCUUUAAGGAGUUCAGAGUGGAACAGGGAAAGAGAUGAGAAAAAUACUUUUAAUUCAGUAUGUUAUGUCUCUAUCUCUCCUUCCCUGUUUCUCCAUCCCCACCCUUUCCCCUCCAUAUACAAAUAGGAGAAGGGGGAAAUGUCUUGAGUUGGGGCAAGAGAAACGGGCAAUGAAAUAUUGAUGGCAAUCCUACUUCUUAUUCUUUUACAAAACUAUGAGAGAAUAAAUUCUAUAAUGGUCAGAGAUUGUAGCUUGUUCACCAUUAUAUCUCCAAAACUUAGUUUAAUACCUUGUGCUUAGUAGACCCCUGGAUGUUGAAAUGAAUGCACUUUGACACUUCGCUCUCAAAUUAACUAACACCUGAGCCCAAAGUUCUCCUCUAGCCGUCUAGGGUGUCUUCCACUGGUUCCAUUUUCUUCAACUGAUUACCAAAGUCUAAGGCAGUUUGAGAAUUAUAUAUGAAGUCUUGAAUUGUUUUGUGCCAAAGAAUUCUGACUUGAGAAAUAUUUUAAUCUGUAGGAAAUAUUGGAUCUCUAAAAUCCAAUAUAAUUUUCUUUGUGCUGAGUCCAAUACAUUUUUUAAAAAUUAGUAGUCUUGUAAUAUUGGGAUAGUUCAGUUGUUUGUCUCAGAUAUUGCAUUCUCUGUCUUUGAGUCAGUGCUAUCUUGUAAAAGUUUUAUGUUCUGUAUCUUGUUUGUGAAAUUCUUAAUUUCCUAAAACAACAUUCUUUUUAAGUUUCCAGAUGGACCAUGGAAUGUUUCCAGAUGGUAUUAGUGUUUAUGAGAAUUGCACUAUCUUUUAAAAUCUGUCAUGGUAUCUCAUAAAGAGUAAUACAGUUAUUUCCUUUCACCCUAAUGAGAGAGGUGUGUUUUCCUUUAUAGCAAAUUGAAAUUAGGCGAGCUCUUUCCUCAAAGGGUGAAUUUGAAUAUCUGAAAAUUGCUGAGAAUGGGUAAGCUUGAAUAAAUCAUAGUGAAAGAUAUUUAUCUUACACUGUAAGUUUAACACUAGGAUUGUAAUUGAGAAAAAUCCUAAAACAAAGUUUAUUGUUAUCCUGGAUGGAUUUGACUAAACUAUUGGUCAAAUCCUGUUCUAUGUGUACAUAGUGCUUCUUUCUUACUAUGUAACCCUUUUGCCAGAGAUAACAUGAAGAGAGCCUGGCUAACAUUGGGUGGAACAAUCCUGCUGGCUCAAGCCCCUCCCCAGAUAUUUGAUUCAGUCCAUUUUCUGGACAGUCUGCAGGGUAACAAACCUCUCCUUUCUUGGUUCAAAGUCACUGCUCUGAAGCAGAAGUUUUCCUUACAUGCAGACUUCUUUUUUAUGAGGAAACCUCGGCCUGUCUCCCAGUUGGUUGCACAGCAGGUUACUCAGCAGUUUGUGCCCCCUACACAGUCAAAGAAAGAGAAAAAAGAUAAAGUAGAAAAAGAAAAAAGUGAAAAGGAAACAACUAGCAAAAAGAACAGUCAUAAGAAAACCAGGCCAAGAUUGAAAAAUGUGGAUCGGAGUAGUGCUCAACAUUUGGAAGUUACCGUUGGAGAUCUGACAGUCAUUAUUACAGACUUUAAGGAGAAAACGAAGUCACCGCCCGCAUCUAGUGCUGCUUCUGCAGAUCAACACAGUCAGAGUGGCUCCAGCUCUGAUAACACAGAGAGGGGAAUGUCCAGGUCAUCUUCACCCAGAGGAGAAGCCUCAUCAUUGAACGGAGAAUCUCAUUAAAGUUUAUUUUCUCCAAUUUCCUAGUCACUUCUGUCAUACCAUGCAAAUACACAGAUUAUGCCAAGAAGUACCACAUUUUCAUGACAAACAUAUUCAUGCACAAUCCAUAAUUUGCAUUUUACAUAAAAUAGAAAUUUGUUAGAUUUUAUUGCAAUCUAUGCCUACCAAACAUUUCCAGACUUAACAUUUUGGUCUCCACAGUUAAAGGUGCCAUGAAAAUGUGGUUGAAUUACUCAUUAUGCAGUGUUAUUGGUAAGUCUAUUUUCACUUUUAGUUUAGUGAAUUCUAACACAUAAUUCUUGAAUUCUCUACUAUUGGCAUGUAAUGAAUUUAAAUUUUUAUAACAUAGUGCAAGCUGCCUAAAUAUGUAUUAUUUGAGAAUUGUGAAACAAAUAGUUAUAUGUAUACAAGUCAAAAAUCAAUUUAAUCAACUGUUGCUACAACAGAAUUUUCUUAAUGGUUAUCCUCUUAAAUACACCUGCUGGUACUUGGUGUGGUUAAAUAGGAAGAUUGUUAUUAAAUAAAGAAUUUGUAUGAACCAUUGCCAAUGUUUUUGACACAUUUUACUAAAUUAUUGUUCCUGAAUUAUGUUUUAGGUUUUAUCUGUUUUUGGGGGGAAUUUUUGCUUAUCUUUCAAAACAUUCAUUUAUUGUAAUGUUUACUAGCAGACUAGUAAACAGUAAAACAUUGAUUACUUGGCUUUAUAAUUCAGAUUUAGUGCUAUUGUCAUUGAACACUGGUAUUUUCUGUAUUAUAUAGAACAUUAAAAUUCAAGUAAUUAUAAGCAUUUGGCAAAAACAGAAGAGAAGAAACCUGUCAUAUUUUAAAAGCUGCAGUUUUGGAAAAGCUUUAACUUAAUAGUUUUAUCACUGUUUCCUUGCCCCAGACUUAUCCAGGGUCAUAGAAGUGUGAAUCUAAUUAAUACAGAAAUGGGAACUGUUGCACAGAACUGAGAAAUAACUAAUCUUUAAUCAGUUUAAUUGGCCUCUUAUUAAAUAUAACAAUUCUUAUAAAAAUUAUAGUACCCUAUUUUCAGAAACAAUUGCCAGUUUAUGCAUUUAUCAAUAUCCUAAAAUUUAAAAAGCAUUUACAGCCCCACUUACUAUUAUGUAAAUUUACCAAUAAAAUAUUUUUAUGACUACA